AUGGACGAAGACGCCCAGCAGCGUAUCACGUAUUUGCUGCAGGAAAUUGACGCCAACGUAUGCGCUGCACACCGUUCAGCCACUCAAAUUUGCGGUACCGUAAGGCGACAUCACCAGAUUUUGCGGCAGAUCCACGAGUCCUCGCGCGUCUGGCAGCCGCUCUUUGACUCGUUCACACAACAAUCAGCGGCACGGCGAAUAACACGGACGCCGUCGCGUUUUUCUAGGCCAUUUACGCCUGUAUCCACUAGAAAUAACGGCACAAAUCAGUAUCAAAGUGCUGCAGAAGAUGACGAAGACUUAGAGGACACUUCGUUUGUGAGCAAAGAGCAGACGUUCAAGACCACAACGCUCAAGAAACGCCAGCCGCCUGCUAGCGAUCGUCGCAAUGCGUCAGCAGAAGAGGACAGUUUAGACGCUAGUAUUAGCAGUGACAAUUUACCGAGAAUGUCUAGGACACCGUAUAUGUCCAAAUCGGAGGUUCAAUCGAGUGCCAAGACGCAGGAGUCGACGUCGACAUUUAACUCAAGUGAUCACGGACGCUGGCUGACGUCGCCACCUCGAACGGGGAUUAUAUCGAGAGACCAACCAAAGACAGGGAGCGGACCACGGCAGAUCUCGACACCACCGUCAGCAAUUAGUAGCGUGCAAUAUAAUAGCAACAGCCCUGGUAUCAGCAGAAAUUUGAUGAAGCUGGGUGCAUUCGAGUACACUCCACCCCGUGGAAAAAAUGUUAAAUCCGAUGGUGCGGAGAUGGAAGUGGAUCAGACGACCGACUCUAUUGACACACCCUACCUUCCGGAAUUUAGUACGGUUCGAUUAUCGACUUCGAAUGAGGUGGAAUCGAAUAUGAAUGCUGACAAUGUGCCAAACUCAUCAAGGACAUCCGAAGGUGCCAUGGAUUGGAAGCGGACACUGUCCAGUGCUGGUGAUAAACGAGGAACACCAGUGUACCCAAAAACUCAUUACCCUGCGAAGGCUACGUCACCAUUCAAAUCUCCCAGCUUGCGCAGAAAAUACAGCAGUAUAAGUAACAUGUCAUCGCUAAGUCAUCGACUUACAACCGAUGGACACACAUUAGCAAUGGCGACGCCGCGACGGCAACCAAAUGACGCAAUAAUAGAUGAUGAUACGCCAAGGACUCCAGAGUUUGAUUUGACAUCACCGUUGUUGCGAACGCAGCUGAAAGCAAUGACACCAAAUACCCCACUGUCAAACCGUCUUGUUGGUGCCAGCCUUGACGUUGGAAGUGUUUCGCAAGAGACACGAUUGCAGGACUACGAUGAUUCUGUCAGCGCGGGGGAGCCGACACCAAAAUUUGAGCUGUCGCUACUACCAGCUGCAUUUCAGCGAGGCGUUGGAGCCGUUCAGGUGUCAACAUUGUAUAGUAAAUUUCAAGGAAGUGACGAUGACACUCCAGCAAUGAGCGUCGAUCAACUUUUGGAAAUGCUUCCUGACUAUGGGAAAGAGAAAAUUGAGAUCUUGCUCGACACGUUAGUCUCCAGACGGUUGCUGCGUCCAUUUGUCGUGGAGGGUACAAUGUUCUGGCAGAAGGCGAUAUAA